AUGCCAUCUCCGCAAAACCAACCCCCCCACAAUGAUCAACCCGGCUCCACCACCCGUUACUCUCUCUGUCAUCUAAGUAUCGAAACACAGCCACAGCCAUCCUCAUCCAUGGUCAUGACCAUGACCAAGCCACGGCAUCCACCAAGCACCGACCCCAUCUUCAGCCAGGGAGAACCCCCCUCCCCUCCCCCCGAUACUCCGCGGCCAUUCCACACCGUCGCAACUGAUCCCGAUCCCGAACUACCUGUUGCUGAAUCCUUCGAUGAUCAUUGGGCCGAUGAGCUUCUUCAAUCUGGAUGGUUGGUAGAGGAUAAGACAGCGAUUGAGGAGGGUUAUUAUCCCUCACCACCAGCGACAGUGACUAAGAUUGUGUCGUCGGGUGUGAAGCGGAAGGCUAGGGUUUCGGUGCAUGUGCCAUCUACUCCGACGCCGAUGCGGAUGUUGGAGAGGGUUGUUUCGCAGAGGGUUAUUGGCAAGAGUGAAAGGAGAAAGAGGCAGAGAAUGGUGGCAGUGGAGGUAAGCAGGCCGAGGGGGUUUAAUCCGGAGGAGUAUGAGGAAUUGCAGAUGGAUGAGAUGAGGUGA